AUGUCGACUACUCCAACCACUGCUGCAUCGAGCUCGGAGGAGGAUUCCCCGCAGACCCCCAAGGCCAGCGAGCGGAAGUCGGCCCGAAGUGUGUCUAACCGGGGAGCUAAACGGAAGGCGAAUGGUAGCAGCAGUGCUCGUGGGAGUGUCUCUCACGAGCCUGCUAAGGACGUGUCUGAGGUCCUCGGUUCGGUUCGGCUGCGUUCUGUCCACGCUAGAGUGUUGUCGUGGCACGUCGACGCCCAUACGCUUGUCUCGUUGCGACUGGGCUCGAAUGAUGGUCUGAGGAAAU